CCGGUUCGUUAAUAACCAUGAGACGGGCAUUUCUAAACCCUCGUCGUGGCUGGCUCGGUGUUACAACAGAUCAAGCGAAGAAGCGAAAGCUCUGUUCGCAAGGAAGCAAGAAAGCAACCAUGUCGUGGAUGAAAGGAGAUUUACUUUCCAAAACCAGGAGGCUUGUUGGUGGACUCGCUACAAGAGAGCCCGUUUGGCUUAAAGCCAUGGAAGCAUCACCUCCUCCUGUAUUUCCUCGCUCUAAUGGGAACCUCAAGAAGAUUGUUCUCCCUGAAGAUCCCUACGUUCGUAGAUUCUCCCGUAAGCAUCCUGAAGCCAAACUCGUCGACCCCAACAAGGUUUCGGCGUUUAUUCCUGAUCCAGCACGGGUAUAUGGCUGCCGAGUCCUUGAACUGACGAAGAAUGGCAUCAGUGAAGAUGACGCCAUGUCUGUAGCUAAUAUGGAGUAUCUUGCAGAGAGAAAGGAAAAGAAGAAAGCAUACAAACGCCUAAAGGAGCUUGCUGUACUGCAAGACAAGUCUCCUCCUCCUAAACCGUAUCUUAGUACCAAAAAAGAGAUGCAAAUCCAAGAGAAGAAAGCACCUGCGGAUCCUCCUAGCGUCCGCAGGCUAGUCAACCAGUUGAAACAGCAUAAAGAUGUGUUGCUUCAGGAUAAACCUGGAGGUAGUGCUAAUCAGGAUCAUUGGAUCGACGAAUAGUUUCUCCAUCAUCCUUUUUCUUUUAUGCAAGUUCAAGUCUUUUCAUACAAGUGUUGUUAUUCCCAUUUGAUUGUUUUCAGAACAUUUUCAACAAACAAGUGUUACAGGAAAGCACAAUGGUUAUGUCUCUCUCUAUGAUCCUACAAACAAUUAGCUUCUACA